AUGAGAGUGAAGAAGGAACCGAAGUCGUCCGACUGCCUUCGGGCAUGUUCGGUGGCCGCCGCCGACGUGCCGAACUCAGACGAAGCUGCCACGUCACAGGACACGACGGGAGAACAACACGGCAUAGUGUACAUGCCGGAACAAGAGUUUCUACCCAAGCCCAUGCCACCACCAUCCUCUAACGCAUGGCGGGUUUUCCGCCCUUGGCAACAAGAAGCCCAUAGCAACGGCCAACACCCUCCUUACUUCCCAGACGACUAUGACGUCAUCGCCAACCAAAAUGGCGGCGGCGCCGAAUUCGAAUCCAAGGUCAGAACGUCCCCAAGGGCGUCGUGGGGAAACCGCGAGGACAACGAAGGUGGAAGCCAGGAGAAGCCCAUGGACUUGACAACGCUGAACAGACAGCUCUCCAUGUCCAUGUUCAAGCAAGAGGUCGAAAAAUCACCCCGCGCAAAGGAAAGACAGAGUAGAGCCCUGUCAGGCACUUUGCAGUUGCUGGAAGACGAAGGAGAAAGCGGGGUGUUCAAACAGCCCACCGCGUUUGGACUAGAUCCGGACAGUUAUGAGGCGUUUGCCAACUCCCCGCUCGUGCAAGGCAACGAACACUCUUGGAAGACGUCUUCUAGCGUACGCGUGCGCACGCCGGUGCCUUACAAGCCGUCUUUUUCUUACAACUUGUUGUCCCAGACGUACCUACCCUCCUCCUCCUCGUCCUACCACCGCUCGGGUCAUCAUCACCUCUCAACCGGAUACAGCUCGCGAACGGAAGUACGCGGCCCGACUUCCGUUAUCCACCAUCACGGCGACUACGUGCAAGGAAGUUUGAAUUUCCCGCCAAACGCAACGGCCGAGAGUGUCCCAACCAGCGCUCGCAGUGGGCACAGGGAGUCGUCCUCUAUGAGACAGUAUGACCGGUGUAGCUGCACGUCCCUUCGCUCUGGCUCGCAGUACGAUCGCGGGGCGUCCGGCGCUCCUGCUUCGGCCAGUGUCAACAGCAUUGCCGCCCGCUUGCACGCGCUGCGCCGCCGCCAGUGCCAGUCCUACCGGGAGAAGUACAACUACAUCUUCGGGAUGCGGGACGACCUGGUGCCGAGGAGAAGCGCGUCCAGGUCCGCUCGAAAGUUCGGACUUUUCGUGGACUCCGCCAAACCAAAGACGGGAGAUCUGGACGCCCAGCACUGCUUGUGGAAGGCUCAACAGAUCGCAAGGCAGAUUUGUGCUCAAACGGGCCUGAAAACUGGACAUAACUGA